AAUUCAACAUCAUCUAUUGCAAAUGUUUAGCUAUCCAAAUUGCUGUCAAAGGGAAGAUGGAACUAGCUUGUUUUCUCCUGGUCCAGAGGGCAAGACAUGAACCAAUGGAUUCAAAUUACAAGAAAAGAGAAUCUUACCAAACGUUAGGAAAAACUUUCUGAUAGCAAAAGCUGUUCGAUAGUGGAAUGGACUCCUUCGGAAGAUGGGGGGCUCUCCUUCCUUGGAGGUUUAUAAGCAGAGGUUGGAUGGCUAUCUGUGAGGGAUUUUUAAUUAAUUAAUUUAUUUUUAUUUUUUAUUUUAUUUAUUUUUAACCUAUCCAUUCUUAAGGAAAUCAGCCCUGAGUGCUCACUGGAAGGACAGAUCCUGAAGCAGAGGCUCCAAUACUUUGGCCACCUCAUGAGAAGAGAAGACUCCCUGGAAAAGACCCUGAUGUUGGGAAAGAUUGAGGGCACUAGGAGACGGGGACGACAGAGGACGAGAUGGUUGGACAGUGUUCUCGAAGCUACGAACAUGAGUUUGACCAAACUGCGGGAGGCAGUGGAAGACAGGAGUGCCUGGCGUGCUAUGGUCCAUGGGGUCACGAAGAGUCGGACACGACUAAACGUCUAAACAACAACAAAACUUUUAAUUAUUAUUUUAAUUUAAAUUUUAUUAACAUAUUAAACACUUACAUUUACACAAAACACAUACACAACACACUACCUUAUUUUCAUAGCAUCAGACAUACCUACAUGACUCUAUAUCAGGCACCCCCUAGCUAACAGGACCAGUGGUCAUGGAUGAUGGGAAUUGUAGUCCAAAACAUCUGGAGGGCCGAAGUUUGGGGAUGCCUGCUCUAUAUAAUACCUACCUAUACUUUACAUAUCAACAUACCUAUACACCUAUUCCACACGGACACCCACCAAGUGACUUGACUUCCAGCCGUUCUUGUUCCGCUACUUUAUUUUCCCAACUAGCUUAAACACAUUUCAUUGUUUCUUUAAUCUCUUCUUCUAUCUUGACUUUACUCUCCUUUCCCUCUGAUCAUUUUCUGGAUUCACUCAAUAUCUGUCAAAAAUUCUACUUUUCCCACAUAGAUUUUGAUGUGUUCCUUAAAGAUAGCCUACUCCUUAUUCACUUUUUGUACCAUUUCUCCUCUUAUCCUCCCUGUUGUUAAUUCGGCAAUAUAUCAGGGAUUUUUUAGCUGUGAUUCCUGCAUUGCAGGGGGUUGGACGAGAAGACCCUCGGGGGUUCCUUCCAACUCUACAAUUGUACGAUGCCAUGACAUUGGUGCAAUUCACUGGUACAAAAAGUGACCACAGACGCUAGCUAAGAUUUCACAAAGCUAAUUUUUCCUUUUGGCAGCAGCAGCGGCUAAAAUGGAAUGUCAGUAUUCCCAGGAGACAGCUUGGAUUAAACAGUAUUUCCGCCUGCCCAGAAGCUGGCAUCAACUGGAAAUGUUUUGCCAGCUCCGUUGCCUCUUGGCCUAACUUACCUCUCAGGGUUGUUGUGGAGAUCAAAUGAGGAGAGGGAGAGCCAUGCAGAUUCCUGCAUUGCAGGGGGUUGGACUAGAUGGCCCUUGGGGGGCCCUUCCAACUCUGUGACUCUACGUGUGCCACUUGGAGCUCCUUGGAGAAAAUGGUGGGGUAUAAAUGGAAUGAAUGAAAGAUUCCCAGCUAUUGUGGUCGAGGUUUCUGUUCAGCUUUGUGGUGAAUUGCACAUGUGAUAAAUAAAGGUUUGGUGUGGUGUUGUUGUUGUUUUAAUUAUUUAAGGAAAACUUCCCUGAUGACUUUUUAAACCAAACAGCCCAAUGGGCGAUAUAAUUGCAGAGGUGACAUUCCAUAAGAUGUUGCCAAAGCAAAGGAGGCCGAGAUUGGCUUGAAAGCACAUCUUGGGUUGUGCGAUGGACCAAGUUCCUUUAUUUCCAGGCAAAUGAGAAUCAGCUGGGGCCAGAAAUAGCUUUCUUGGAAGUCAGUUUCUGUGCUGGCUCAUGCUAGGGCGGGGGCUGAUUUCUUGCAGUGCAAAAGCAGCUUUAAAAUGCUGCCAAAUUCACCGAUAAUUGACAGUGAGUUUGCAACCGGAUUGAAUGGCAAUGUUGGAGGGGCCCAUAGCUCAGUAAAAGAGUGUGUACUUUGCAUACAGAAUAGCCAGGGCUCAGUCUUUGGCCUCUCCUUAAAAGAAGGUUCAGGAAACAGCUGGUGCAAAAGACCUUCUUUGUCCGAGAUCCCAGAGAGCCACUUCUGGUCCAGGACUACCUGGGCUAGAUGGUUUCUAAAGGUAAAGGUAAAGAAUCCCUGGACAGUUAAGUCCAGUCAAAGGCGACUAUAGUUGCGGCACUCAUCUCGCUUUCAGGCCGAGGGAGCCGGUGUUAGUCCACAGACAGCUUUCUGGGUCAUGUGGCCAGCAGGACUAAACUGCUUCUGGUGCAACAGAACACUGCGAUGGAAACCAGAGCGCACGGAAACACCAUUUACCUUCCUGCCACAGCGGCGGGUUCUCUGAAAAGAAUUACGAGUGGAGCUCGGAGGAGGAGGAGUCCGAGGGAAAGGCCCGCCCGGUGCAGGUGCUCAUCGUGAAGGAUGACCACUCCUUUGAGCUGGAUGAAGAGGCCCUCAACCGCAUCUUGCUUUCGGAAGCCGUCCGAGACCGCGAGGUGGUGGCCGUCUCCGUGGCGGGGGCUUUCCGCAAGGGCAAGUCGUUUCUGAUGGACUUCAUGCUGAGAUACAUGUACAACAUGGAGAUGGCCGACUGGGUUGGUGACUACAAUGAGCCUCUGACGGGCUUUUCCUGGAGAGGCGGGUCGGAGCGGGAGACGACAGGCAUCCAGAUCUGGAGCGAAGUCUUCCUUGUGGACAAGCCCGACGGGAACAAGGUGGCUGUACUGCUGAUGGACACUCAGGGGACCUUUGACAGCCAGUCAACCCUGCGAGAUUCAGCCACCGUCUUUGCUCUUAGUACCAUGAUCAGUUCCAUCCAGGUGUACAAUUUGUCCCAGAAUGUUCAAGAAGACGACCUCCAGCACUUGCAGCUCUUCACAGAAUAUGGGAGGCUGGCCAUGGAGGAGACAUUCCUGAAGCCCUUUCAGUCUCUCAUAUUCCUUGUUCGCGACUGGAGCUUUCCCUACGAGUUUUCCUACGGGGCAGAUGGUGGAGCCAGGUUUUUGGAAAAGCGCCUCAAGGUCUCGGGAAACCAGCACGAAGAGCUGCAGAAUGUCCGGAAACACAUCCAUUCCUGCUUCACCAACAUCUCCUGCUUCCUCUUACCUCACCCGGGCUUGAAAGUGGCCACCAACCCAAACUUUGACGGGAAACUCAAAGAAAUAGACGACGACUUCAUCAAGAACUUGAAGGUGCUGAUCCCCUGGCUGCUCAGCCCCAAGAGCCUGGACGUCAAGGAGAUCAACGGCAAUCAGAUCACCUGCCGAGGCCUUGUGGAAUACUUCAAGGCCUAUAUUAAGAUCUACCAAGGAGAGGAGUUGCCUCACCCCAAAUCAAUGCUGCAGGCCACGGCAGAAGCAAACAACCUUGCAGCUGUAGCCACAGCUAAAGACACUUACAACAAAAGAAUGGAAGAGGUGUGUGGAGGCGACAAGCCUUUCCUGGCGCCCAGCGACCUCCAGAGCAAACACCUGGAGCUGAAGGAGGAGGCGGUGCGGCAGUUCCGGUCCGUGAAGAAGAUGGGGGGCGAGGAGUUCAGCCGCCGCUACCUCCAGCAGCUGGAGGCCGAGAUCGACGAGCUCUACGUCCAGUACAUCAAGCACAAUGACAGCAAGAACAUCUUCCACGCCGCCCGCACGCCUGCCACGCUCUUUGUGGUCAUCUUCAUCACCUACGUCGUUGCCGGGGUGACCGGCUUCAUCGGCUUGGACAUCAUAGCCAGCCUGUGCAAUAUGAUCAUGGGCCUGACCCUGAUCACCCUCUGCACCUGGGCCUACAUUAGGUACUCAGGGGAGUACAGGGAGCUGGGCGCCGUCAUAGACCAAGUGGCUGCAGCGCUCUGGGACCAGGGAAAUACGAAUGAGGCUUUGUACAAACUUUACAGCGCAGCUGCCACACACAGACAUUUGUAUCACCACGCUUUCCCCACGGCGCAGAAGGCUGAGCCCACCGAAGGCACGGAAAAGAAGACAAUGUAAACCCAGCUGUUUUCCACAGAGGUGCAUGAAAACACAUCGUUAAAACAUGUUAAUCAUUUUUGCAUCCAUGUACGAGACUCUGCCACUCCUUGAAACGAAGACAGAGGAAAACAGAUAACUCAUUCACUUGUACCAAUGGCUUAAGUGUGGCUGCUUUAAUUUGGACAAUGCCCUGCUUGAAAGGGGAAAUGAGUCAGCAUGACUUUCAUUUUCUAAAAACUUAAUUUUGCUGCAGGUACAUUACUGGGUUGGUUCUCCAGAACACUUUGCCUUGGCCCAGGACUUUUCAAGACUGAGGUCUGGAGCCAGAGAAGGCAGUGGUUGCUACCUUCCCUUUGCAAUGGUGGCAUCCUGCCACCCCAGAGUACACAUUCAUAGCCUCCUCUGGCUCCAAGCUCCCAUGCCAUGAAUCCAGCGGCCAGUAUUCUGAAAAGGAAUGCGGCUCUUAUUCAGGAGGCACCACGUCUCAUUAACAUAUUUAAAUUUGUACUCGAGGUUUUUAUUUAACACCAUUCCCUCCAUGCAGCUGUGAAUGAUAACUUAUUCACUUUAAGACUGCCUUCUCAGAAGCUACAAAGAAUAUUUCUUUUGCUAUGGUAUGUUAAAAGAGAUGGGAAGUAUUUUUUUUUGUACAUGUAUUUGAGAGUUUCACUGUAUAUAUUUUUGUUUAGUGCAUAAAGAGUGUAUCAAGUUUUUAUUAUUUAAUUGUCAAUUAAAAGUUUGGUUCCUAAGACAA